CGCUCGGCGCUACGCCCGAAGUCUGCAUUGGAGCGCUGAUUAGGGACAGUUUUGAGUCAGACGGCGCCAAGUGCGGUACCGAAAGCGGCACUCAAACCAGAACGCCAUCGGCUGUCAGUGGGGAAUAUGCUGCGACAGCUCUGCCCAGUGCUGCUGCUAGUCGCAUUGACUGUCGCUCCUGCCAGCAGUCAUGCCACGAUCGGGGACUCGGAGUUGCGGGACAAGCGCGGCGCCGUCACCAUUGACUUGGGCCAGAUCCUUCGCAAUGUGCUGCUCAAGAGCGCACAGUUCUCCAAUGCAAAGGCCGCGCUGGCCCAUCCAACGAGACGACCCACCAAAGCAACAACCACAACGACAACAACCACAACGAGUGCACCACCAGUCCAGCCACGAACUCCUCCUCCAGCUCCUCCACGUCAAAGACCAAUCUGGCAGCCGCAUGGCUACUAUUCGCUCGGCUAUCUGCCCUUUGACUAUGACAACGACUAUCCCGAUGCCGUGGGCAGAGCACCAGCCGGACGCCCGCCGCAACCCGCGUUUGUGCAAAGGAAACCGGCAGGUCCUGCUCCGCCUGCCCGCUACGAGCCUGAUUAUGACUAUGGUGCAGCGCCGCCGCCGCCGCCUCCACCACCAAAACAAAAGUCUCCCCCGCCACGUCCCCGUCUCCGUGCGCAGCCGCAGCCGCAGCCCCGACAACCGACAUUGCCCCAAGCCGGGCUGGGCGAUCGCCUGGUCUAUCAGUACGCACAACCGAGUGGUAAAAUACAACAACUUUUAGCUAAUUGCCGAACAAUUGGAUUCUCUCCAACACUUUGCAGGUACCUACUAUAGGCCCAGCGGGCUCGGUGCGCAAGGGGGAACGGUGGAAACGGAAUACGCACCGGAGGGGGACGAUGGCACAGACGGCACA